AUGAACCGGCUCGAAGAAGCCUAAUUAGAAUGGUAAAAAGCAAUAGAUAUAGAGUCAUCUAAUUCUAAUUAUUAUUCUGGAAGAGGUAAAUUAAUCUUUCUAUUUUAGCAUACACUUUAAGAUAGUUGAAUCGAAAUGAAGAAGCCAUAAUAUCUUAUGAUUUAGUAAUUUAAAGGAAUCCUUAAAACUAUGAGCAUCCCUCAGGAAAAGGUUAAAUUAUCAUUUUUAAAUUAAGGCUAUUCGCUAAGAUAAUAGCAAAGAAACAUAGAAGCCAUAGAUUCUUUCGAUUCUGCAAUAAGCAUCUAUGCUGAUGAUGCAUAUAUCUAUGCAUGA